GCCCAGAUCAGUAAGUGAGGGAGGGGAAACAAGGGGAAGGUGCUAGCUCUUCUCCUCCCCUCUCACCUGGCUCUCCUAAAGAUUCUGAGACAGGAAGGGCAAUUUCCAAUUUCCUCCAUUUUUACCGAUGAACAAGCCGAGCCCCAGAGAAGGGAAGGAGCCUUUUCCUGGUCCCACAGUCAGAAUACGAAUCCAUGUCUUUCAUUCACAUCCCAGCCCAGUUUUCAUAGGCCGUGUCAGUCAGCAGGCGGUUAGUAAGGGCCUGCUGGGUGUCAGACACUCUGGGGCGAGCGCCUCAUUGUUUCGAGGCGUGGAAAUAUUCAGUUAAAUAGAUGCAAAAUAAAUAUGUAAAUAUACAGUGGGGAAGGGGCCCUAUCAAAAGUGAGGUCUGGGGAGAAGAAGGGAAAGAUCUAGGGGGAAAGAAGGGGAGGGCCCCGUCUGGCUGAAAAGAAACUAAGGUUUGUAACCACUUUUAGGUGUGGUUUGCUUCUUCUGGGCACUUGACAAUCAUGCAGUCAGUCUCCAAGCCUUGGUUAAGCAUCUGGGCUGUGCUGGGGAGACAAGGCAGUAAGGGAGCCCCAGUCGGUCUGAGGUGUCAGAUGAGGAAGGGGCCUUGGCUGUUCCCUCUGCCCUUCGUGGGACCGGCAAGUUCAGCUCCACAUUGCACCCAAUGACUCCAUCUCUUCCUGUUCUCAAGAAGAGUCGAAUUAUUGGUCAGUGGAGAAGGAAAAGUGGAGGAGGUGCCGGAAGAGGAAGAAAGCUUGGUUGGGAAAGGCCGAGCCUGGGGUCUUGGGCUGGGGUUGUCCCUUCCUUGUUGGGGCCGACCUCCCCCUCCACAGUCUGCCAGCGGAGGAGAACCCUAAUAGCGGUGACACGGGAUUAGCUUGCUAAGGCUCCCCCCAGCUUCUCUUCCUCGGGGCGCCGCCGUGCUGGACGGUGCCAUAACUAGCCCCUGGUUUCUGACCAAGGAGACCAAAGCCAUCGUCCUUGAGAACGGGGACUGGUUUUGUGCCUCUCCCCAGCGCCCGCUCGGAGGAGUUUAAUAAAUGGUUGUUGACUGUUGGCCGACCUCUCACUGCUGUGAAUCUAGAGGAGGGAGCUGAGUUCAAGGUAGAGACCCCAAGUCACAAUCUGGAGACCGAAGUGGACCCCUAGGAGAUAGGGAGGGAGGGGAAGGAAUCAGCAUUUCUGUUAAGAGAAAUGGCUCUCUGCUGAGUGAGUCCCUGCCCAGAGAAAAAGCUUUUGUUAAGUUAGGGAACCUGCGCUGAUAAUGGCUUCCGGACAGGCCAACUGAGCCCACGUUGAGGGCAGGCUGUAUAUAAGCCAGUUAUGACUGAUCCCCGACAGGGGCCUUGCUUGGCCUUCUUAGUCGGGCAGUAAAUGGUAAAUGGGGAGGGGGAGGAUCCCAUGAGGACCCUGGGAGAUGCACUGAUAGUGGCUAAAUGGGACUGGGAGUGGUUGUGGGUAGUUGGCAAUGGGCCCCAGAGGCUCCCUGGGGAGCUGCCAUUUGGAGUCUUUGCCUUUCCUUUUGUGGGGAUCAUUGGUGGUGAUAAGUGCUCCAUUUUGGGAAUUGUAGGGAGGAAGAGAUGAAAUAAGCCUUUUAUUUACCAGCUCUUUCCUCUUUAUCUGAACUGGGCAAGGGGUGGGUGAGGGGAGGAACUGAGGGAAAGGAGGAAGAAAGAAAGAUCUGGAGGGAAAGAAGCGGAAGGAAAUAUUUGGAGGGGAAAGAGGAAAGGAAAAAACUGGAGGGAAAGAGGGGGAAGGAAAAAUCUGGGGGGCAAACAAGAAAGAAUUAGGAGAAGAAAAAUCUGGGGGAGGAAAGAAGAGAAAGAUCUGGGGGAGGAAAGAAGGGAAAGAGAUUUGAUGGGAAAGGGGAAAGGAAAGAACUGGGAGAAGAGGGAAAAGAAAAGAUCUAGAAGGGAAGAAGAGAAAGGAAGUAACUGGGGGGAGAAGGGGAAGAGGGGAAAGGAAAGAACUGGAGGGAAGAGGAGGAAGGAAAGGCAUGGAGGGAAGAAGAAGAAGGAAAGAAUUGGGGAGAAGAGGGAGAAGGAAAGAUCUGGGGAGGAAGAAGUAGAAGGAAAGAGCAAAGGAGGAAGAGGGAAAGGAAAGGUCUGGGUGCCUUUCUCAGGACCUGUUGCCUCUUAAGUAGGAUUGGGGAAGAGUUUGGUGCAAGAACACAAGGGGAGACCCCCAGCCUAUUUAUUGUACUGUUCUAGUCUGGCCUGACGUUACCAAGGUUCAGUGGAUCCUCAUAAUCUCAUGAACAGUUUCUCCCUCACCACUCCCCAAGCCCCUUUGCCAAGAACACUGGCUCUGGAGGGAGAGAUCCUGGGUUCAAAAUCCCGUCUCAGUCAUUGUGUGACUUUGGUCAGUUCCCUAGCUUUCUCCAGACUCAGUUUCCUAUCUGUGAAAUGGGGAGGUCGGACUUGGCGGUCCUUGUGGCCCAUCCGCAUCCAGCCUGUUUUCCUCCACCGAGCACUGGGCUCCCGAGCAGGAGCACUCGGAGCCGGGGCCGCCGGCUGCCCCCUCGGCGGCCAUCUGGCCAGAAGGUUUUAGGGGAGGUGGCUGCCUGGUAGAAUGUUGUAUGGAUUGGCUAUUUUCUGUUGCUAUUCCUCCGGCAUAUGGCUCCACCGCCCUCCUCGAGCUCACUGAACAGCUCCCUUUUCUCCAUGGCAACUUAGCUCAGGGAAGGAAGGGAAUCGAUUCUCCCUCCCCGUCCCCCCCGCCAGCCUCCCUCCCUCCCCCACUGUGCCGGAACAUGGCUCUCCUGUCCCAGUGACACAUGCACGGUGCUGGCCCUUCAGCCUCCCUGCUCGGGCCGCCUGGGAGAGAUGACAGCUAGUCAGGAGCCCAGAAGGAGAUGGGGGGGCCGGUGGAAGAGACCCAAGCCUGCCAGUCCUUGGAUUUGUUUUUCUCUCUCCUUACCUUUUCUUCCUGAAAGGAGUCCUCGAUGAAUUCCGUUGUGAUUCUUUAAGGAGUCUUCACGUGAAGUCCCCAGAUUGCAGUUCCCUUGAGACGGGAAGGCUCGGACUUCAAGAUGCUUAUAAAGGAAUAUCGCAUUCCUCUUCCCAUGAGCGUGGAGGAGUAUCGCAUCGCCCAGCUGUACAUGAUACAGAAAAAGAGCCGGGAGGAGACAUGCGGGGAGGGCAGCGGCGUGGAGAUCCUGGAGAACCGGCCGUACACCGACGGGCCGGGCGGCGCCGGCCAGUACACGCACAAGGUGUACCACAUCGGGAUGCACAUCCCCAGCUGGUUCCGCUCGAUCCUGCCCAAGGCGGCCCUGCGGGUGGAAGAGGAAUCCUGGAACGCUUACCCCUACACCAGGACAAGGUACACGUGCCCUUUUGUGGAGAAGUUCUCCAUUGACAUUGAAACUUUUUAUAAACCUGACGCGGGAGACAGUGCCAACGUGUUCAACCUCUCUCCUGUGGAAAAGAGACAGACCACACUGGAUCCUAUCGAUAUCGUCAAAGACCCCAUCCCUCCCAAUGAGUACAAGUUGGAGGAGGACCCCCGGCUCUUUCGAUCGGUCAAGACGAAGAGAGGCCCGUUGUCCGAGGACUGGAUUGAGGAGUGCCUCCGGCACCCCGCUCACUUGCCCAUCAUGUGUGCGUAUAAGCUGUGCAAGGUGGAGUUUCGCUACUGGGGCAUGCAGUCCAAGAUCGAGAGGUUCAUUCACGAUGUUGGUCUCCGGAAGGUGAUGGUGAGGGCCCACCGGCAGGCCUGGUGCUGGCAGGACGAGUGGUACGGGCUGACCAUCGAGGACAUCCGGGAGCUGGAGAAGGAGGCCCAGCUGAUGCUGUCCCGCAAGAUGGCCCAGUACAUGGACAGUGACGGGCACGGGCCCCAGGAGCCCCCCAGUGAGGAGAAGGAGGAAGACAACGCUCUGAGGGAGGUCCCGGAGCCCCCCAGCACUAAUGGGGAGGCCCUCAAGGGGAGAGGCCUAACGAAGCAGUGGUCCACGUCUUCCAAGUCUUCCCGGUCAUCCAAGCGAGGAGGGAGCCCUUCUUGCCAGAGCAUCUCAGAGUGGAGAAUGCAGAGCAUAGCCAGAGAUUCGGACGACAGCUCAGACGAAGAGUUCUUCGAUGCCCACGAGGACCUGUCUGACAAUGAGGAGUCAUUCCCCAAGGAAAUCACCAAAUGGAGCUCCGAUGACCUUAUGGACAAGAUCGAAACCCCCGAACCAGAUGCGCCUGUGAUCACUGCUCCCCCAUGGGCAGAGCUGCAUGAGGUCACAAGUCCGACAUCCCUUGACAAUCUGUACCCUGAGCCAGUAGCCAACGAAUACCCUGAAACCAGCAACGUGGAGCAGCUCAGCGUAGCUGAGGACGAAGCCGGCCCCCCGCUGGUGCCGCCCUCCAAGAUCCACGUCUUGCUGCUGGUGCUACACGGUGGAAACAUCCUGGACACGGGGACUGGCGACCAGAGCUCGAAGCAGGGCGACGUCAACACCAUCGCCACAGCCUUUGACACGGUCAUGCGCGUGCACUACCCCACCGCCCUGGGCCGCAUCACCAUCAAGCUGGUCCCCUGCCCGCCUAUCUGCUCCGAAGCCUUUUCUCUCGUCUCCAACCUGAGCCCCUACAGCCACGACGAAGGCUGCCUCUCCAACAGCCAGGACCACAUCCCGCUCGCGGCCCUGCCCCUGCUGGCCACCUCCUCCCCCCAGUACCAGGAGGCAGUUGCCAUGGUGAUUCAGCGCGCUAAUCACGCCUACAACGAAUUCCUCAGGUCUCAGGACGGCAUGACCUUCAAUGGGCAGGUCUGCCUGAUAGGGGACUGUGUCGGAGGGAUCCUGGGAUUCGAUGCCUUAUGCUACAGCAACCAAACCGUCUCAGAAAGCCAGAACAGCAGCCGCCGGGGAAGCGUGGUGAGCGUCCAGGACACCGACCUCCUGUCCCCCGGGAUCCUGGUGAACAACACCCACUGCUCCGGGAGUGCCGGCGGCGGCUCUGGCGGUGGGGGAGGCAGCACGAGCGGCGGCAGCGGCGGCUCCAGCCUGGAAAGCAGCCGCCAUCUGAGCCGCAGCAACAUCGACAUCCCCCGCAGCAACGGGGGCGAAGAUCCCAAAAAGCAGUUUCCCAGAAAAAGGAGCGAUUCGUCCACUUACGAGGUGGACACCAUAAAACAGCAUCAGGCCUUCCUCUCCAGUCUGCACUCCAGCGUGUUGCGGAACGACCCCAACUCGCGUCGCUCGAGCAGCUCCACCAUGCUGGAUGGGACUGGGAGCUAUGGGAAGUUUGAUUUUGAGAUCUCCGACUUCUUCCUCUUUGGUUCGCCCUUGGGGCUAGUCCUGGCCCUCAGGAAGACGGUCAUCCCGGCUCUGGACGUCUUCCAGCUCCGGCCCGCCUGCCAGCAGGUCUAUAACCUCUUCCACCCCGCGGACCCCUCGGCCUCCCGUCUGGAGCCUCUCUUGGAGAAGAGGUUCCACGCCCUGCCCCCCUUCAGCAUCCCCCGCUACCAGCGCUUCCCCCUGGGCGAUGGCUGCUCCACCCUGCUGGUCGAGACAGUGCAGAGCAACCCUGUGCUCCUCCUGGAGGGCGGCCCCGCGGCCCCCCUCCAGCACCAGGACAGCUUCAUGGAGACCAGCAUCCCCGUUCCCGUGCUGGGCUGCCAGGAGGGCUCCAGGAAGAGUUCUGGCUGUGCUGAGUCGGACGUCAUCCAGUCCCACAAUGCCGUCUUCAUGGAGAACGCGUCCCCGUCCUCUCCCGGCACGGCCCCCAGCUUCCGGGGCUUCCGCCGGGCCAGCGAGGUCAGCAUCACAAGCCAGGUUUCUGGCAUGGCUGACAGCUACACUGCCUCCAACAUCGCCAACAAGACCCCACCGGCCCUGAGUCACACCCCCAGUGUCAGGCGCCUGUCCCUGCUUGCCCUCCCCCAGCACCCCCCCGCCACCCUGGGGCCCCAGAGACCCAGGCCUCAGCCAGGGGAGCUGCCCCUCAGCCAUGUCAGGGAGAGGCUGGCGGGGGACCUGAGUCCGAGCCUGGACCGAGUCCCCAAUCUGGACAUCGGAGAAGUUGCUACCAAAUGGUGGGGAACCAAGCGGAUCGACUACGCCCUGUACUGCCCAGACGCCCUCACUGCUUUCCCCACCGUGGCUCUCCCCCACCUCUUCCACGCCAGCUACUGGGAAUCCACCGACGUGGUCUCCUUCCUGCUGAGACAGAUCAUGAGGCAUGAAAACGCCAGCAUCCUGGAGCUGGACGGCAAGGAGGUGUCCGUGUUCACGCCCUCGAAGCCCCGGGAAAAGUGGCAGAGGAAAAGAACUCAUGUGAAGCUGCGGAACGUCACGGCUAAUCACAGGAUCAACGAUGCUGUGGCCAAUGAGGAAGGCCCUCAGACCCUGUCGGGCAGGUUCAUGUACGGGCCCUUAGACAUGGUCACCCUGACAGGGGAGAAGGUGGACAUCCACAUCAUGACUCAGCCGCCGUCCGGGGAGUGGGUCCACUUUGACACGCUCGUCACCAACAGCAGCGGGCGCAUCUCCUACACCAUCCCCGAGGAGCAGCGUCUGGGCGUCGGGGUCUACCCCAUCAAGAUGGUGGUCAGGGGGGACCACACGUUCGCAGACAGCUACAUCACCGUCCUACCCAAGGGGACUGAGUUUGUGGUCUUCAGCAUCGACGGCUCCUUCGCCGCCAGCGUCUCCAUCAUGGGCAGUGACCCCAAGGUGCGGGCAGGUGCUGUGGAUGUAGUAAGACACUGGCAGGACCUCGGCUACCUCAUCAUCUACGUGACGGGAAGGCCCGACAUGCAGAAGCAGCGGGUGGUGGCCUGGCUCGCGCAGCACAACUUCCCUCACGGGAUCGUCUCCUUCUGCGACGGCCUCGUGCACGACCCCCUGCGGCACAAGGCCAACUUCCUCAAGUUCCUCAUCACGGAGCUCCAGAUGCGGGUGCACGCUGCCUACGGCUCCACCAAGGACAUCUCCGUCUACAGCUCCAUCAGCCUGCCCCCCAUGCAGAUCUACAUCGUCGGACGCCCCACCAAGAAGCUGCAGCACCAGUGCCAGUUCAUCACGGAAGGCUACGCAGCCCACCUCGCUCAGCUCAAGUACAACCACCGCGCCCGGCCGGCCAAGAACAGCACGCGGAUGGCUCUUCGCAAGGGCAGCUUCGGCCUCCCGGGACAAGGCGACUUCCUGCGCAAGCGGAACCACCUCCUGCGCACCAUCUCCUCCCAGCCCGCGGGGCCCAGCCACAAGCACGAGCGGACGCAAAGCCAGUCGGACAGCGAGCGGGAGCGGGAGCGCGAGCGGGGCCAGCGCAGCAUGAGCGUGGCCACGGGCUGCUGGGGCCGCCGGCCAGAGGCGGGGCCCCCCCCGGGCCCCAAGUAGAGGGGCCCGCCUCCCCACCCCCCCAGGAACUGGCCCUGGAGUGGCCCCGAGCGGGAGGUGUCACCAUGGUGCUAGGAGGCGAGGGGGACGGCCCCGCAGGCUGUGGGUCCCGACUGAGCCCAGAGCCGAAGGCGGGAGGACUCGGCCCCCCGGGCACCCCGGGCUCCAGCCUCGGGCACUUUGCUGCUUCUGCCACAGACAAGCACAGGACACGCCCCGCCUCUGUUCCCAGGGAUGGGAGACCCGGAGCGGUGACCCCGGGGGGCUCUCACCACAGGAAGCAAGGCCCGAUCCUGACCUGCAGGGAGAAGGGGUCCCCCAUCCUCUGCCAGAGACCUCUCGCGGGGGCUGCGUCCCCCGGGUUUUGGAGUUUGGGGUCUUUGGUUCUCCGGGCGGCCGGCAGCGUCUGCCGACGGAUGCAGGGAAACCGCCCGUGCCCCCGUUGCUGAGGGAGGGGGCCCCGCCGGCCCGGCCCCGGCCCCUUUGUUCCCCACACUGGAGGUGACCCAGCCACGUGCUUUCUCCGUAAGCCAGUGCGGGGGGUGGGGUGCCCUCCGUCUCCCCAGACACGGUAGCAGCUCCCCGGGAGUCCGACCUGCUUCUUUUAACUUGUCACUCAACUGUAAAACCUCAUCGUUUUUUGCACUGAUGACCCUUUGGAUGGAGACCUGUUACCAUCUCAUGUGGCUGCGCCCCGUCCUCGGUAGUGCAUGACCAUUAAACACUUUGCGAUCCGGGAUGGCGUUCUGUGCGGGUUUGUCACUCGGGGCUCCGGCCUUGCCUCCGGGACAGGAAGGAGACCCCGCCAUCCAGCACGUCUUGUACAAAGCUUAAGGAAAAGGCCAUAGCCCCCACCCCACCCCCCGCGGCUCCUAGUGCCGGCCCCCCGGCCCCCGGGCCCUCUCGGAGCAGGCAGGAGGGCGGGGGAGCCCCUCGGGUCCCGACCAGCCAUGAGUCUGGCGUCCCCUGCUCCGGGCGUUCGUCCCCGAGCAGCCAGCCAGGGUCUGGGCUCCUGAGGCUCCCGGUGCCCACCUCCGGGGCAGAGAGCCCGGGGAGGGGGGCAGCCGGACACACACUCGGAGCCCAGAUCUGGCCGAGCCCCCCCUUUCCCCAGCGCUCUGACACUGCUGCCGCUGCCCACUGCAGUGCAUUAUCUUUCUAUUUCUUUCUACGGCGUGUUUUGAUUUCUAAAACGAGAGUUGGGUUGUUUGGUCUUUUCCAAAAACUCGGCUGCUUGAUUUUCUUAACUUUUUCAGUACCAAGGGCAGCCCUCUCUGCUUUGUGAAAACCUAGCACUGUGAAAGCAGCCCACUUUGGGGGGCUCUGGGCCCUGCUACCAUCUCCCAGGCCCAGAGACGCCCCCAACUUUCCUGGCAUUCGGAGCCUCACUCUGGAGGAUUUCCUCACUCCUGAUAUUUCCAAACUCACUGAAUUUCUACUCUCUCAUUGGGACUUUCGGGGGAGGUGGAAGGGGCACAUCUAACAGAUUUUUUAAAAUGCAAACAACCAUUCUGGACCGUCGGGUCCUCCUGCGUCAUCCCGGCCAACGGCUCGCCGUCUCCCGCAGGACCUUUGGCACUUUCUCCCGAUGAAACCGGACGUCCCUUUUCUAACCAGUCAGCUUUUCUCGACGUGCUGCCUUGAUCUCAUCUCCACCAGGCGACCGGGCCCCAUGCGAAUCCUCCUGGAGCGCUGCCAUUUCUCCUGGGGGCCAGCAGAGAAGGCCGCCUUUGGCCAGAGAAGCCGGCCAAGCCGAGGAAAAGGUUCUUGGGAAGGAAGGAAGGAGUCGAACAUCUGGACACGGCCUCUGUCCACGGCCCAGCCGCCAAACGGAGCCGGCCGGGCCCUUCUGUACAUUUCGUUUGUUUGGGGGAGGGAGGGAGGUACCAAAAGCUGUUGACACUUUCUCUUGUGUAGAUAUUGUAAAGAGGGGGGGAAGGAUCCUGUAAAUGUUCAGAAAAAAGGGGUGUACACAGAGUGCGAGUUAUUUAUUUUGUGUAGGGAGAAUGUCCGGAGGGGAGAGAACCUUCAGGGCUCAUUCAUGUUGAAGAUGUAGCUUCCUUUUGUUAUUUCAGGCAUUAUGUACAAAGCCAGUGUUUCAUAAACCCAGUCCCUCGUCAUCCGUCUCUGAAGAAUGCAAUAUCUGACCCCCCACCCCCGCCAUCUCCCCCUCCCGCUCAGCUCAGUCCGACAAUCACAGCCUGGGGGAGGGGUCACAUACACACAGGCCCCCUGACCAUUUCCGAGAGGUGGGGUGGGAGAGGAGCCCUUCCUGAGCAGAGUCUCGGACCCCGAUGGCAAUAAUGGUGACCGGAGGAGACCGCCAUGGGAUGGUGGCAGCCCCCGACUGGCCGCUCUCCUCCCGAGUUGGCCACAUUCACCGCCGGCCCCGUCGUGGCCUGGGAGGCUCCCCAUCCCCACCCAGGACAAGAGCAAUAGCGCUAGUCUCCAUCUGUCCCAGCUCCGUCGGUCCGAAGCGCUUCCCCCAGCGCUCCCCGGCACAGCCACCUGUCCGGUGUGAACGCGCAGGCCGGGCCCGGGCCGUGGAAGGAGAGGGGAGCCAACAUCUGCAAAGUAGGGAGCCCCUCCCCCCACCUUGUUCCUUUCCAUAUCCCUCUGGAUUCUGGAGGUAGAUUUGCUGUUGAGAAAGUUUUUUUUUUUUUUAAACACUCAUUUUUUAAAUACCAAAAAAUAAAAUCCAAAUGUUUACGACAAGCGGUCCUGAGUACCACGCCCACCGUGGGCGGGGGAGCGGCCCCUCCCCAUCCAAUCACCCAGUACCGCUGCAUUGCCCAAGUCUAUCUAGAAGCCUUACUAGUCCUCUCCUCCUUGGAGGAGACUCGCCCAGGAGCUCUGGGUAUUCCCAACCGUCGAUUUUAUACUCCAUCCUCUUCAUCCCAUCUUAUUUCUAAAGAGGCGUUUCUUAGGGAUGCAGCUCCAAGAUACAGCUCCUUCAGGCUUGGCCUGAAAGGCCCACCCCAGGGGCGCCCCUGGCUCGGCAGCCAGUCGGCCACGCCCCAGUUUCAUCUCUGUCUGUGUCGGCACCUCUCGGCUCGUCCCUGAAAGCCCACCCACUUAUUUGCCCUUGCCGUGCGUCCAUCAGUGCACCGUCCCGACCGGGUGUGUAUCCUCUGUACACGGUAUCACUCUAUGUUACACGAAUAAAGGGAAGACGUCUUUCCUGA